AAUCAACCGUCGGUCUCUCUGCUCCUCCCACUGUGAAGCUGGUAAAUGGCAGUUCAACCAACGUCAGCAUUACCCUUGGGUUAUAGUGCCUCGUGGAGAGAAAAAUGCCUCUUUCCAAGUGACUUCUCAAAAUAUUGGACAAGUGACUGUUUAUCUGCAUGGAAAUCAUUCCAACCAGACCUGCCCCAGAAUCCAGUUCUUGGUGAUACACAGCAGAAUUGUUAGCGUCAUAAACCAGGUGAUUGGCUGGAUCUACUUCAUGGCCUGGUCCGUCUCCUUCUACCCACAGGUGAUCCAGAACUGGAGACGGAAAAGUGUCGUUGGUCUCAGCUUUGACUUCUUAGCCCUGAACUUGACAGGCUUCGUGGCCUACAGCGUUUUCAACAUCGGUCUUUUGUGGGUGCCCUACAUCCAGGAGGAGUUUCUCCUCAAAUACCCCAAUGGUGUGAACCCUGUCGACAUUAACGACGCCUUCUUCAGCUUACAUGCAGUCGCCCUCACCCUGAUUGUCAUCCUGCAGUGCUGCCUGUAUGAGCGAGGCAACCAGCGCGUGUCACGGCCCUCCAUUGGCUUCCUGGUACUUGCGUGGCUCUUCAUCUUAGUCACCAUGAUUGUGGCUGCAGUCGGUGUCACCACAUGGCUGCAGUUCCUCUUCUGCUUCUCCUACAUCAAGCUCAUCAUCACACUGAUCAAGUAUUUCCCCCAGGCCUACAUGAACUUUUACUACAAAAGCACCAAGGGUUGGAGCAUUGGUGGUGUGCUCCUGGAUUUUACAGGGGGCAGCUUUAGCCUCCUCCAGAUGUUCCUCCAGUCUUACAAUAAUGACCAAUGGACAUUGAUCUUCGGAGAUCCAACCAAGUUCGGACUUGGCGUCUUCACCAUCUUCUUUGACAUUGUCUUCUUCAUCCAGCACUUCUACUUGUACAGAAAGAAACCAGGGUACGACCAACUGGACUAAAAUCCAGAGACACGGUAUAAACAGCCAGGGCCUGAGCCCUGGUAGGAAAGGUUGUGUCCAGCAAAGGCCAGAGAAGCAGCUGGUGCACAGGGCUGGAAGUGUGCCGACAGAGAAGCGUUCUCUUCCUCAAGGGCCAAAAGCCUUAGGCUCAGCCUGCCUGCCUUCACCCAGGCCCCUCGUGAGCCACAGAGGACUCCCUCUCUGGAACGGACACCUGACUGUGCUCGAGACUGAAAGUCAGAUUUCAGGCGGUCUCUCCCAACUUAAAGCUCCAGCCCUCUGGAGGCACCCAGAGUUCCUGUGUUCCUGCGUCUUACAACGACAUCUCUCUCUUUUUAAGGCUUCAGGCAGCACCCACAGGUUUCGACAGCCAUCCCAGCCAGAACUGAGCACCAAGUUUGCAGCUGAUGGCCUUGCCCCAAACCACUCGUAUUUCUGGGAGAAGCUUGAAGGGCUAACCUUGCAACUGGGAGAGCCAAGGGUGCUUCGUUCCACCGCAGGGUUCACAGGGACCAGGCAGCCAGGUGCUGUGGCCAAUGGACUUGAAGGUGCUGAUACUGGCGGUGGAGGGGAGAGGACUGUGGGAUUAGGCUUUGGGUUCCCUUCUCUAGGCCACAUUUCUUAUCAUUCUAUAUAACUCUGCUCCAGUAACUUCAGAACAAGUGGCCUAGGCCAGUGCCUGGUAAAGUAUAUUUCUGACCCCUGAGGCACCUUCCAGAUUGGUCAGAAGUGGACCCAUACCUGCACACAAAAAUACCACAGUUAACUUUUUUUUUUUUUUUUACCCCCAAGGACUAUUUUGAAAUGGCUUUUCUUUUGCCCUCUUUCCUACCUCCACUUUCUGAGAGUCAGAAUGAUCACCGUCUGAGUACCCACACUCCUCCUAACCUUAUACCUACGGAGCAGGUACUCAGGACCAGCCUGUGCCUUAAAGCCCAUCAGUCAAUCAAUCAGUAAGCUCCCUUGGAUGGGAAGGGAGGCCUCCUCCCCCAUCCCUCUCUCAGCUGUUGACGAGCAGAAGUCCCUCUCUCAGCUGUUGACGAGCAGAAGUCCAGGAACCUCCCUCCAAUACUGCCUUUGGACCCAACCUGAUCCCACACUCCUUCCUUCUCAUUCCAAGUUAUCCUUCCUGUGCCAGAUAGGGAAGGAGCCAGGGUGUGCCUUGAGUUCAUCAAUCUGCUCCUUCUCUAAUAUUGAGGGGCCUUUGUAUUUCUUUUGUAUUUUUUUUCUUAUUUUGUUUCAUGUUGGUGGAGUAUAUGUCCUUAAUUAAAAGGUGGCUUGUUUCCUA